AUGAAUCCAACAGCAACUGAUUCUCGACCGCUCGAAAAGGCGGUCGUAGGAGAAUCUUCUGCGGCCCCUGGGCAAGUACUUCCCGUAACGUCGUCGCCCGAGGAUCCAAAGUACAAAAUGAAUCAUAAACACCGUGGGUAUGCCAUCGUCAUUAACAAUUCCUCAUUCGCCAACAUGCCGACCCGCGAAGGCAGUGAAAAGGAUCGGGAAGUGAUUUGUGACGCUCUGAAAAAGCUACAAUUUAAAGUUCGCGUUAUAAACGACCCCGGCAAGGAAAAGUUGUUUAAAGAGCUGAAAAAGUUUGCCGAAAAAGACCAUACUGAUAACGACUGCGUCGUGGUGGUCUUCAUGACUCACGGCGAAGACGGGACACUGUAUGCUGCCGACGGCACCUACGAGGUGGAGCAGCUGUGGAACAUGUUUGCCGGGAGCGCGUGUCCGAGUCUCGUGGGAAAACCGAAGCUGUUUUUCAUACAAACGGCCCGCAAUAAGCCAUCGGUUCCUGCGGAGCACAAGCGGCGCCUUUCGGAUGUGGUCGAUUCGCGGGAAAAGUCUGCUAUUCACCAAUACUCCUUGCCGGUUAUGGCCGAUCAGCUGAUGGUGUUCUCAACACACGACCCACAAUGCUCGCCGCUCUGCCCACUCGAAGGGUCCACGUUCGUUCACUCGCUGGCCACCAAACUGAAAGAGUACGGGCAACGGGUCGACCUAAUUAAUCUGCUGGCCACGGUGUCUGCGGAAGUGGCAAACUACCCAUCCGAUCCGGAUCAGAAGAAAUCGGUACCGUACACUAUGUCGACGCUCACAAAACUCGUCUACUUUCGGUAA